GGUGGGAAACCCCAAAGACUUUGGAGCACACAAUUUUAUAGCCUCUGAAUUUAGUCUUGUAUCAUAAAAUAGAUGAAAAAAAGGCAUAAGAUUCUUCCAGAUGCAAGACAGACUCCCGACAUUUUAGGGAUUUAACUGCGGCUAGGGUUUAAAGUCAAUCCUCACAAAUUCAUCAGUACCAGAUCUUCCAGUAUCAUUCUGCUGCAGAAAACCCCUUUAAGUAUCUCGAUCAUCUUAAAAUUUCACAGGCGCGCAUGGUGACGGUUUUGCAUACCUAAGUUUGCAGUACGAGUGAGAAUAGGGUGGUACGAGUCUCCAAGCCCCUCGGCAAUGACAUUAUCCUUGCAAAUCCCAUAUCCUCAACGCUCCUCCUAUUGCGUUUAUCGAGUUGAAUUUAAGAGGGUUAACUGUCAUUCAAACUUCAGUUAAGUUAGUUUAGCUCAAGCUCGUUUUGUAGUGGUUGAAAGAGAAACGAGUGAAUUGAUUGAGUGAGCAUGGCGAAAACAAAGCCCGGAAAGAAGGACUUGGAUUCUUACACCAUCAAAGGAACUAACAAGGUCGUUAAAGCGGGAGAUUGCGUAUUGAUGCGCAACUCUGACCCAGAUAGGCCUCCUUAUGUUGCAAGAGUGGAGAAAAUAGAGGCUGAUAAUCGAAACAAUGUCAAAGUUCAUGUGCGUUGGUAUUAUCGUCCAGAAGAGUCAAUUGGUGGAAGAAGACAAUUUCAUGGAGCGAAGGAGUUGUUUCUUUCUGAUCAUUAUGAUAUCCAGAGUGCACAUACUAUUGAGGGCAAGUGUACUGUACACACAUUCAAAAAUUACACAAAGCUUGACAAUGUUGGUUCUGAGGAUUACUUCUGUCGUUUUGAAUAUAAGGCUGCUACAGGCGGCUUCACACCAGACAGGGUGGCAGUGUACUGCAAGUGUGAGAUGCCAUAUAAUCCAGAUGAUCUUAUGGUGCAGUGUGAAGGAUGCAAAGAUUGGUUUCACCCAUCAUGUGUGGAUAUGACUAUAGAGCAAGCGAAAAAAUUAGAACAUUUUGUCUGUUCUGACUGUUCAUCUGAGGAUGAUGAUAAAAAGUCACGCAACUCUCAUCCAAUUUCACCACCCAAUGAAGUAAAGGUGGAACCUAAACGUCGGAAGAAAUAAUUCUUUAUGAAGUUGAAGCAACUUUUUGGAUAAUGGAUGAGGUUCAAUUAUUUUGUUGUGAAGGCGGCAUGGUUACUGCAAAAGCUUGUUGGGGAAAUAUAAACUAUCAACUUGGUAUUUAUUAACAAUUUAACAGAUUGCAAGUCUCAAGAAUUGGCUGGGUUGUACAUUUAUAUUUGCAUCGAUAUGAAUGCAUUAUAUUACUCAUUUUAGAUUUGAUUGAAAGUGACGAGGCACUAUAAAACCUCAAAUGUGUAAUCUUAGAUUGUUUAUUUGCAUAGCAGCUCAGACAUUAAUGUGAUUCUAUUGAUGCCUGUAAUUUUUUAAACAUUGAUUUCAGAUGGUUGAAACAAGGAGAAAGUUGUUUUGUUUUGGUGAAAUCUGAAAUUAAAAGUUCUGUUGGCUUGCUUGAUCA